AUGAAGAAAUUGGACGGGUAUUCAAUUAUGAUCGUCGGGAAGUACUUUGAGACUCAAGACGAUUUUAUUAAUGUCAUGGCUGUCUCGAAAAAGUUCAGGGAAUUGUGUGACAGAUAUCACUUCAAUCCAAUUUCACUCACACAAAAGACUCUCCAUUUGUUCGUGCGACUCCAGACCCUUUACUUGUAUACGAAACUCGACGAUUUUCUACAAGGAGUUAAUAACUAUGUAAUAUGCUACAGAGUCGACUAUAAAGAAUAUCUUGAUAUUAAAGGAAAGCACUUACACAAGAAUUUGAAAUUUCUUCAUAUCGAAUUUUCUAUGUACGACGAUCAACUCCCAUUUGACAGUUCGAAUGAAGUGAACCAAGUGGGGUAUUACGCAUUUUCGUGGUGUGUAGACAACAGAGUUGAGUUGAAGAAGAACAUCAAAAUGUUAUCUCCGCGAUCUUUUAGCGACUCGGGAAUCAAAGAAUUACUGAUCCACUCAAACAUCAAUUUCCUCCCUGUUUCGUGUUUUAAGAAUUGUUGCCUUUUAUCAAAAAUUGAGUUGCCAAAUACAAUUGGAGAGAUCAAAUCAUUUUGUUUCUCGAAUUGUGUUGCGUUGAGAACCAUUGAUAUUCCAGAAGGCGUUUCUUCUAUUGGGAUGUGUGCGUUUAAAGAGUGUAUUAGUCUCUCCCAAAUUCAGAUCCCAAAGACUCUCAAUACACUCAACGAAAGAGUUUUGUUCCACUGCGCGUCGUUGACGUGUGUCACACUACCAUCUGCACUCACUCGGAUCAAAACGGGGUGUUUCUCUGGGUGUAGUAACUUGAGAAAAAUAGUGUUUAACCACAACAAUAAAAUAGAAUUUGCUGUACCGUUGUGGAUGAAAGAAGUGUUCGAAGGAAACGGAUUUGUUGUUCAAAAUGUGAAAUACACUAAAGAUGAUAGAAUUUUGAAUGGUAACUUAGUCCCAUUAGGAGUAACUGCGGUGGAAAAAUAUUGCUUCGCUGGAAUGCCAAGCUUAACUAAAGUCGUCUUCCCAGAGACUGUCACAAAGAUUGGCAAAGGGUGUUUCGCUUAUACAGACUACUUACAAAGUGUUGUCUUCCCGUCAUCACUCGUCAUCCUUGGUAAAAACUGUUUUACAGAAAAGGUAAGAAGUCUCUGGUAUUGGUGA